UUUUAGGAGGAUAUCUUAAUAAUGCAUUUAUACGCGUUCAGUUUUACUAUAAGCCAUGUCAAUAACACCCAUAUCUUUUAGCACUUUCAGUGUUAACUCUAGUAGAUCUAUUAACUCCAUCAUUUCCGCGCAGGGAGGCACCACUCCUGUCGUAGCAUGUUUUACUUUUUAGUGCCCUUUUCAUGCACGCAGACACACGUCCAUGCUUAGAAAUAACAAUGCAUUUAUUAUCAUUGUUUUUAAAACACUUUCUCUUACAGUCAGUCGACUGCGGCUCUUUGGGUUUUACGCGUGUUUUGUGUAUAACGUCAUCAUCGCCCCAUAGUAACCCCCGGUAGCGUCUCGAGGACUUAGCUAGAAUCACAAGAUGGGUUUGCUGUCGAUUUUGCGAAAACUGAAAAGUACUCCGGAUCAAGAGGUUCGUAUUUUACUUCUUGGUCUGGACAAUGGUGGCAAGACCACUCUGCUCAAACAGUUGGCAUCGGAAGAUGUCAGUCACAUUACACCGACACAGGGUUUCAAUAUCAAGAGUGUGCAAUCUCAGGGUUUCAAACUGAAUGUGUGGGACAUUGGUGGCCAGCGUAAGAUCAGGCCCUAUUGGAGGAACUAUUUUGAAAAUACAGACCUUCUGAUUUAUGUCAUAGACAGUGCAGAUCGCAAAAGAUUUGAAGAAACGGGACAGGAACUGGCUGAGUUACUGGAGGAGGAGAAGCUCAGUGCAGUCCCUGUUCUCAUCUUUGCUAAUAAGCAGGACCUUCUGACCGCAGCCCCUGCAUCUGAGAUUGCUGAGGGCCUGAAUUUGCACACCAUCCGGGACAGAGUGUGGCAGAUCCAGGCCUGUUCUGCUCUCACUGGAGAGGGCAUCCAGGAUGGCAUGAACUGGGUGUGUAAGAGUGUGAAUGCUAAGAGGAAGUAGACCUGCAUAUUCCCUCUGCAAUACCUCCAGGGAAGGUUCUGGGCCUGUCUGAAUAUACAAACAACUGUACAUCUGUACAACUCUGAAAACACUUAAAAGUCAAAUGUAAAUUAAGACAUCUCUCUGAAACAAAAGAAUAUUUCACAUUUGCCUCUUCCUUGAGGCCUGCUGUGUUUAAAAAAAAAAACUCAAGCCAUUUUAUACUCCCUACCUCCCUUUUGAUCAUUUGUGUCAUUAUGACAAUUAUGGCAUUUUGUCAGCCACAUUUAAUACUGUGUUAUUUCCCUAAAAUAUUGUUUGACUCAUGUUCAACCUCUUGAUGCAGGAUGAUCUUUGGUACAUUUUGGAGUAAACAAUAUCUGCCGUCAUAUUAUGGAAUGUCAUUCAAGACUUUACGCCAAUGCCCAUAUACACAUUUAGCAGAAGCUAAUAUCCUGAUGUGUAAUGUAAUCCACACAUUCCCUCUUGUUUUGAAC